UAAAUCCAUUGUAGAUGAAAAUAGUGAUGCCAUCUUAGAAACUGUAAACUGUAAUCUUAGUGCUAAACAGCCUAAAACCAAUGAAAUCAAUAUUUCUAUUAAUGAAGAAAAAUUUGAAACAAAUUUAAGUUCUUUAAGUGUUGAUGAAAAUACAUGUGUUGAAAAGACUGAAAUCCAACCAGUGACCCAAAAUCUCAGAAUAAAUGAAGAAACUACUGUUCCCAAUAAAGAUCCUGCAUUGUGGAAAAUAAAUGAAAGUACCAUAGAUUAUUUUACACUUAAUGGGUUUGAUCAAAACUUAAAAAAUACUGACUUUUCUUCUUCUAAGAAACGUUAUAUUAGAAAUAUUCGUGGUAAGAAGCAAUCCUACUUCAGGUACUUUAAUCUAAAUUUAAUUAAAACAAAGCUCGUCAAUGGGGAAUCUAUAAAUCGUACAUUUGUUGUUUACUCUGAAAGUAAAGGUAGCAUAUACUGUGCACCAUGUCGAUUAUUUGGUGGUCCGAAUACUACCAAUAUAUUUUCUAAAUUUGGAUUUUGUGAUUGGAAAAAAGGUGAACAAAAAUUAAGUCGUCAUGAAAAUUCGUUAAAUCACAAGUCUUGUAUUCUAAAGAUGAAAAAAAGAGGAAGUGAAGUAGGGCGAAUUGACCAUCAACUCAUUUUACAAGUCCAAACAGAAACAAAUUACUGGAAAGAAGUCUUAACUAGAGUUGUAGCUGUAGUGAAGUCACUAAGUUCUCGGGGGCUAGCAAUGAGAGGGCACGACGAUAAGUUCGGAUCAACUCACAGUGGUAACUUUGUUAUGAGCUUAGAACUCAUUGCUGAGUUUGAUCCCUUCCUUAAAAAUCAUAUAUCUAAAUUUGGAAACAAAGGGAAAGGAACAACAUCAUACUUAUCUUUUACAGUAUUUGAACAGUUUAUAGAAAUUAUGGGUGAAAAAGUAAAGAAAACAAUUGUUAAUGAGAUAAAAAAUGCAAAGUAUUUCUCAAUAAUUGUUGACUCAACACCGGAUAUUUCUCAUACGGACCAAUUAGCAUUUAUUUUUAGAUAUGUAUCAAAUAAUGGUGAACCAGUUGAACGAUUUUUGAAAUUUUUGGCUAACUCAGGACACAAAUCUAAGGAUUUAGCAGAUGCUGUUUUUAUGGUUUUGGAAGAAAAUGAAAUAGACAUUAAUAACUGCCGCGGACAAUCUUACGACAAUGCUUCCAACAUGUCGGGAGUAUAUUCUGGACUCCAAGCAAGAAUCAAAGAAGCAUGUCUGCAUGCUGUUUACGUUCCAUGUGCAGCACAUUCAUUGAACCUAGUUGGUGAAUGUGCUGCUGAUUGCUGUAUAUAUGCUAAUGAGUUUUUCAAUUUUCUUCAGAAUAUUUAUUCUUUUUUUUCUGCAUCUACCUAUCGUUGGGAAGUUUUAGAUCAUUGCUUAUCCAAACCUGAAAAUGUAACUGUUAAAAGAUUAUCUGAUACCCGAUGGGCGGCUAGAUAUGAGGCUUGUUUAAGUUUAUCGCGUAACUGGAAUGAGAUUUUGAAAGUGUUAAAUAUUUUUAUUGACAAUCCAACUGAAAAUUCCAAAACUAAAUGUGAAUGUAAAGGACUGUUGAAGAAGAUGAAUAGCUUAGAAAUGGGUAUUCUGGUAUCAGUAUGGAAUGAUAUUUUAGAAAGGUUCAAUAUUAUAAGUAAGAAAUUGCAGAAUGUUCAUAUUGAUUUGACUAUUGUCAUAACCCUAUAUAAAUCAUUGAUAAAUUAUAUAAUGGAUUUAAGAAACAGCUUUUCAUAUUAUGAAAAACUUGUCAUGGAAAAAACUGGAAUUAUAGAAUAUAAAUUUUCCCGUACAAAAAAAAGAAAAAUUCCUUUUGAUGAAUCAUCUCAAGGUGAUAUAAAAUUAGAAGGUAAAAAUUUAUUUAAGAUAAAUACUUUUUUUAUCAUACUAGAUUCAUUACAUACGGAGUUGAGAAAGCGUCUAGAUUCUUAUGAAAAAAUUAAUACUUCGUUUGGAUUUUUGUUUAAUAUUACUGAGUUGUCAGUGUUGGAAGUAAGGCAAAAAUCUGGAGAGUUACAAAAACAAUAUUCUCAAGAUCUGGAUAUUUCUUUUAUGAAUGAAUGUAUUCAUUUCCGUGCUUACUUAAAAGACUUACCAGAAAGCAUAUCCACAAAAUCGGUUCUAGAUUUGUGUAAAAUCAUGAAAGAUGAUAAUUUACUAGAUAUUUACCCAUACGUUAAUAUUGCAUUGCGAAUGUUUUUGUGUGUUCCUGCAUCAAAUACAUCGGCCGAGCGUUCAUUCAGUACUCUUAAAAGGGUUAAAUCAUAUCUCAGAUCUUCGAUGAAUGAUGAUCGUUUAAAUUCUUUAGCAAUUCUAAAUAUUGAAUCUCAGUUGACAACUGCAUUAAAUUAUUAUGAAAUAAUUGAAGAUUUUGCAAGAUCAAAAGCUCUACGAAAAAUAUUAAUAUAACAA